UUGGCAAACCAUACAAAUGCAACUACUGCGGACGGAGUUACAAGCAGCGGACAUCUCUGGAAGAACACAAAGAGCGUUGCCACAGUUAUCUGCAGGGUAUUGGCUUAGAUCCUACAACCAACACUGGAUCUUACACAGGUGAAGUUAUAAAGGAGACCAGACCCAUGGCAGAAUCCAACAUGUUGYCUACAUUUGAUAGGGCACCUGUUAUUGAAAGGCUACCCACCAAUGUUGGYAAGAGGAAGAGCACUACGCCUCAAAAAUUUGUGGGAGACAAGAUGAUUCGCUACAGCUAUUCUGACAUAGGCUAUGGGUUGCACCCAAAGUACGAAAACCGUCCUGAGCUGAUACCAGCACACUUGAUGGACCAGACUAUCAACAAUGCGAUGUCAUAUCUGGGAUCAGACACCCUACGACCCAUGCUCCACCAUCCUGGUCCUUCAUUAUCUAUGGGUGAGGUGUUGCCUAUUGUCAACCCUCUUUUCCAUCCUGUCCUACCACUGAGCCAGCAAACAGACCGCCCAGGAAACUGUGACACACUUCAUCCUCAGCCACCCCAACACCACGAGUUCCCUGGCCAUCCCUCCUUAAAUGGCCCCACUGCCUUUGCUAAGCAGAACAAGCCACUCCUGUCUGGACAAGCAGAAUCACCUAAUAACAGCGGUGUCGACUCCGCUGACUCAGCUCGCAGCAGCCCUCAGGACAGACAGGGCUACCAUGGUAGCAACGCCUCUUCAGGCCCCAGAUCUCGAUCCAGUCCAGCUGUAAUAAGUUCGGUUGAGCGAGUUAUUGUCGCGUCACCCAGCAGCGGGACAGGAGCAGGAACGGGGAUGAUGAAAGUGGCCCCAGAGAGGUCUGUGAUCCAGGAAGGUGUGCGGGUGUUUGGACGAGAGGGCCAUGAGUUGCGAGCCUUCCAGUGUGAGCACUGCCGUGUGCUUUUCCUGGACCACGUCAUGUACACCAUCCACAUGGGCUGUCAUGGAUAUCGAGAUCCACUGGAGUGCAACAUUUGCGGUCAUCGAAGCAAGGACCGCUAUGAGUUCUCCUCACACAUAGUUCGAGGUGAGCACACGUUCCACUAAGAGGAUGGGCCACGGUAAAGGAGACGCUUCAGAAAUGAAAGGAGCAAUAGUCUGCUGUUCAUCCUUACUCUUCUGAAACUGCAUAGCUAAAUGGCACUGUCAAGUGUAGCACAAUCAAAAGACUUAUUUUUAAGCUACCUAUAAACUGGAAUUGUUGAACAAUCAUAUGAAGGUAUGGGCCAAAGACACAUUUUUUAAACUUAUUUAAAUACUUUAGAGAAAAUGAAAUGUGUUUGUUUUGGAUAUAUAUAUCUUUUUUUUCCUUUUAAAAAUGCAAUGAUUUAGUAACAGAGUAGCUAUUAGAUGUUUUGACUGCUUUUUUUUUUAUUAGACAGUCACAUUUUUCCGCUUCUGCGUUUUAAGCUUAAAUAUCACAAUGACAGUGAAUGCAUGGAGGCAUAUCAUAAUCACAUACCUUGUAAGCUCAUGAUGGUGUAGAAUUUAAAUAUCAACUAUAUUUACUAACAGAAGUGAGAACAUAAUACAAAAAAGGCUCAAACAUUUAGCAGAUAUUCAUUACAAACUUUAAAUAAGUUUGGAAGUUAUUGUAACUCAUAUACAAUGAAAAAAGUACUGCAUAUAUCUAAAUGUUUAAAUUCUGCAAAUAUGUCAGAUUUUAAUCUUUUCAAGGCUAAUUUAAUUUUGUGAAGUAAAUGAAUCAGAAUAUUACCACUUUUGCUAAUGCUAUUUGUUUCACUAAUUGUUUAAUUCAGUCUUAUGUGGGCAUCUCUAAACAGAGCUUCUACUCAUCUUGCACUUAUAAGGUAAAGUAUUAGAAUAUGAAAUAAAAYCACAGUUGAACCACAAAAGUCACCAAUGUGUUCACCUCUGUGRUUUAAAAAAUAUUGGCAGGGACCAUGCAUUUAAUGUCCUUUUCUUUUACAUUAUGAGACAAAUCGUGUUGCCUUCAGCUUUAGCACAGCAUUAGAAUCUUAAACUUUAUGCAUUUAGAUUUUAAACUAUAAGACUAUAUUGAUCAGUGGAGAAAGGGUAAUUGUUUUCCAGCUGAUGUCCUUAAAUUCUACAAUUAACUACCUGGCUGUAAGACAGUGCUUUGUGGAAAAUAAGCCCCAAGAUAUUUUGUUAAGACUCAAUUUAGCAGUUUACCUUAACUCAUGUUUAUUAGACAUUUUAUCUGUUAUACUUUGAAUUUUGUUUUUGAAAGGAAAAGUGUAUUGUUGCACCACAGUAAAGUUAUGCUAGUCUGUCCCCAUUGCACAGAAAAAAAAAACAACUAAAUUUAUUGAAUCUAGCACUUAGAUGUCUGCAUAUUAGCUUUAAUCAUGCUAGAAUAGGGCUUAUCUUUUUUUCUACUCCUCUUAGAUGCCAUCUCAUGAACAUGCAACACACUAAGGUCUGUCAUGUUCCCUUCUUGUCUUAAUUUUGCUCUCUGCGUUUCUAUAUGUCACCACCUUCAUGCAUGACCUUUUACAAUAAAGAUCAAAAAAGGACAAGUGUGUGCAAAAGAAUAAGUUAACAGAGGGUGUUCGUCAUGUAUUGUACUACUAUUGAGAAGGCACUUAUGAAAACUGUAGCUCAUGUUCCAAACCACCUCAAUAGGCCUCUAAUUAUUACGACUUUUUUUGAAACAAAAUGUAAAGGGCAACUAAGGCACCCCCACUCAAGUAAAGUGAAGGAUAAUAAAUGUUGAUUUAACAGGCCAGUUGUGUUUUUUCCACCCUUAUGAAACAAAUCAAGAUUGGGUUAGGUAGUUGGUCCAAAUCAUGCACUUUAUGUAUCAUUUAAGGCAU